CUAUUUUAUCAAGGGUUCAGCUUUUAGCCUCAUCAAAGCCGAAUGCCGCAAGACCUAGGCUAUCUAGUUGCUGUGAAUUACGCCGCGGACGACAAUGGAGUGCUUUUUUAACGGUACAAUGCAUUUCACCUACCAGAUAGGGGGAGUCCAAGCUGAAAGAUGGAAAUGUCUUGUGAUGCUGGGUGAUCAGUAUCAAUGAACACGUUUGUACUAAGAAAAAACUGCGCGAAUAAAAUAAAACGCUUUUUUACUCGGGAUGCGUGCGGAACUGUUGGAGGGGGAUUCUGGAGUGGACAAUCGUAACAGGUCCGAAGCGCACUUUUCCCCCUUCAGCGCAAGAAAAUGAUCAGGUCAAUCAUGUGGACAUGCUUCAUUAUUCAAUGAACACAAUCUUUCACAACGCAUCGUUUACACGCAGGACUUUCUUCUUCUUCGCGCCGCGCUAUAUUUAAAGCUUUCCCCGGCUUCAUGUUGCAUCACUCUUUCUUGACAAAGCAGGGUAAAGACUCAUCCUCUUCGGCCAGUGCUACGUGCUGUACUGACUCAGUGCAGGAAGGUGCCUGGGUCCACUAAACCUGCCCAAUUGCCCCCAGACCAGUAUGCAGUUAGUGUGUUAAGGAUGGAGGAUUCUAGUUUGUGCCUUGGUGUGUCCUCAGCGAUCUCGGAUGCUGACACCCAUCUCAGCAGUGCCGUGCUCAAUGGCCGCUACCCCAUCAGCCAGAAGCUCCACCAGCUAACCGCUCAGCUGGGCCAUGCCUUCCCUGACCUGCCGAGCCGUCAGCAGAUCCCCGAAGAGAAAGCUGCCACCCCACUGGACGAGAAGACCCACGCCGCCCUGGCCAGCCAGCCAAUCAGCAGUCAGAUGGCUCUGCUCGCCAAUCAACUGAACCGAGACAUGGAGACCGGGGCACUAGGUGCUCUGAAUGGCCGCGUGGACCUGCAGCAGUUUCUCAAUGGUCAGAACCUGGGCAUCAUGUCCAAGAUGAACGACAUUGAAGACGACGCCCGGAAGAAUCGCAAGUACCCGUGCCCGCUCUGUGGGAAGCGCUUCCGCUUCAACAGCAUCUUGUCCCUGCACAUGCGCACCCACACUGGGGAGAAGCCCUUCAAGUGCCCCUACUGCGACCACCGGGCCGCCCAGAAAGGCAACCUGAAGAUCCACCUGCGCACCCACAAGCUGGGGAACCUGGGCAAGGGCCGCGGACGCGUCCGCGAGGAGAACCGUCUGCUCCACGAGCUGGAGGAGCGAGCCAUCCUGAGGGACAAGCAGAUGAGGAGCAGCCACAUGCAGCCCUCCCAGACCCUCCCCCACCAGCCCCACCUGGGCCCGCAGACCCACAACCAGCAGCAGCCCGGCUCUGCCUGCGGCCUCCUCACCCCCACCAGUCUUGGGGGCACACCGGACAGCUCCAAUCAGCUCUCCUCCUCCCCGAAGCCGGCCGGCGCCAACCCAGCGGAGGACCAGGGCCUCAACCCACCCACGGGCUUCCGCUGCACCUUCUGCAAGGGCAAGUUCAAGAAGCGCGAGGAGCUGGACCGCCACAUCCGCAUCCUGCACAAGCCCUACAAGUGCACACUGUGCGAGUUCGCCGCCUCGCAGGAGGAGGACCUCAUCUCGCACGUGGAGAAGGCCCACAUCACCGCCGAGUCGGCCGCGGGCCAGGGCGACGGCAACGGAGGGAGCGAGAAGCCCGCCAACGAGUUCCGCUGCGAGGUGUGCGGCCAGGUCUUCAGCCAGGCCUGGUUCCUCAAGGGCCACAUGCGCAAGCACAAGGACUCGUUCGAGCACUGCUGCCAGAUCUGCGGCCGCCGCUUCAAGGAGCCCUGGUUCCUCAAGAACCACAUGAAGGUCCACCUCAACAAGCUGGCCAUCAAGAACAAGCCACCGGUAGGGGCGUCUGACCAGGAUAUGUCCUCUGUCAACACCAUGAGCAGCCUGGCCCAAGAGGCCCAUGCCAACCUCUACUCGCGCUACAUCUCCUGUCUGCAGGGCGGCUUCCUCUCCCCAGACAAGCAGGGGCUGGCCGAGCAGCAUCAGAUGCUGGCCAAGGCCGGCAUCGCCAUGAAGGAGAAGGAGAUGCUGGGCAAGCUGCUGGGUCCUGUGGCUGGCAUGAGCCACGCCCUGGGGGAGAACGAGAAGCGCUCGCUCCUGGGCUGCCUCAACCUGGUGCCGCCGCUCAAGUCCAGCUGCAUGGAGCGCCUGCAGGCCGCGGCCAAGGUGGCCGAGAUGGACCCCCUCAACAGCUACCAGGCCUGGCAGAUCAUGGCCCGAGGCAUGGCCAUGGACCGCUCCUUCAUGCCCAAGGACCAGCACCACGGCCACCAUGGCCAGGACGAGGAGAUGGCCAACGCGGCGGGCAUGAUGAACUUCAACAAAGAGAAGCACGAGUACCCCCCUAUAAGCUCUGCCGACAGCCUCAAGCAGAAGCAGCAUGCCGAGGUCAUGCACGGGAUCAAGACCAGCGUUGCUGGAAGCAUGAUGCCCCUGAAGGAAGAGGGAGGAGGUUUUGAUGGACACCGAGAGUUCAUGUCCCACCAUGGCGGCCUGGGUCUGGGCCAAGGCCUUGACUUUGGCCUGGGCAGCCUGAAGGAGAAGCCCUCCGAGUGCCCUGACUGUGGUCGGGUCUUUAGGACCUACCAUCAGAUGGUGGUCCACUCCAGAGUGCACAAGGAGCGCCGCAACGUCGAGGAGAGCCUCCAGCACAGCAACACCAACCUGGACGAGCGGCGCGGCUCAGCCAGCGACCCCGAGUCCCAGUCCAUCAGCAGGUCGACCACCCCAGGCUCCUCCAACGUGACCGAGGAGAGCGGAGCCGGAGGAGGACACUCCCAGACCGGGAGCGUGCAGGACGACAGCCCCCACCCUUCCUCUCCAUCUUCAGAUGUGGGAGAUGACCUGACAAAGAGCGCGGGGGCCGUGCAGCCCCCCACCCCCCAGCACCGGGAGCGUGGCGUGGGCUCGGCCAUGAAGGACUGCCCCUACUGCGGGAAGAGCUUCCGCACCUCCCACCACCUGAAGGUCCAUCUGAGGAUACACACAGGUGAGAAGCCUUACAGAUGCCCUCAUUGUGACUACGCUGGAACCCAGUCAGCCUCACUGAAGUACCAUCUAGAGCGCCACCACCGCGAGCGUCAGAACGGCAGCGGCCCCUCGGCCAACCACCCGCCCACCUCCUCCUCCUCCUCUUCCUCCGAGCACAAGGAGGACCACGGCAAAAGUGGCGGCGCCGUGUUCGCCCGGCCCGACGUCCUGCGCGGCGUCUUCAAAGGCAUGAUGCCCACCAGCCUGGACUUCCGAGGCAGCCAGCUCCUGCCGCACCAGUGGGCCCCACCCAGCAUGCUCUCCCCGAGAGAGAGGGAGCGGGAGCGGGAGAGAGAGCGCCACGGCCUGGGCGCCGACAACACAACCGAGAUCGCGAAGAACCCCGAGGUCCCCAACACCGGCGACAGCCCGGCCAGCUUCUCCGACCUGGGCAGGGCCUACCAGAGCAUGGUGGGCAACGGAGUGAACUUCCAGGGCUCCCUGCAGGCCUUCAUGGACAACUUUGUCCUGAGCUCCCUGAAGAAGGAGAAGGAGAUGCGGGAGAGCCAGCUGCAGGGCCCACUCCAGACCCCGGCUCAGCACUACAGCCUGGAGAGCGGCGAGCCCAAGGCCAAGAGGAGCACCAGCGAGGGCGGCAGCAGCGGCGGCGGCAACCCGGAGGAGAAGCCCACCGCAGACGCCAAGCCCGCCGAGGGCAAGCCUCGCUCGCACGCCCGCUCCCAGUACGAGCCCCUGGAUCUGUCCGUCAGGCCUGACACGGCCUCCCUACCUGGCUCGUCUGUCACCAUCCAGGACAACGUGCCGUGGCACGGCUGCCUCUUCUGCUCCUUCACCACCGCCUCCGUGGAGCUGAUGGCCCUCCAUCUGCAGGCCAACCACCUAGGCAAGGCCAAGCGCGGAGCCGGCGAGGGCAACGACGGCCUGCUGGGCGAAGCGUCUCACGGCCUCGGUGGUAAGGGCCCCCUGGUGGCUCCUCCAUCCCUCCUGCACCACCACGAGGGCUCCUCCACCCCCCGGGAGAGGGACAUGGAGUCUGGGGAGCUGAAGAGCGCCUGGUCCAACCACAUGGAGCAGCCUCCACACAAGACCUCCAUGGGAGACUUUGCGAGUGACUUCUACAAGCCCUUUGGCCCCCUGUUUGAGGGCUCCGCCCGGGGCCUCCAGGGGCCCCUCGGAUUCCUGGAGCACCAUCAGGGGCAGGCGGGCGACGUGGGAGGACCGGGUGGCGGCGCCUCCCUGGACGAGCUCUCGGACAAGGCCUCCUGCGGCGAGACGGAGGCGCCCGAGGAGCGCAGCCAGUCCGAGGGGGAGGAGGCCAGCAGGGAGGAGACCCCCAGCCGCCCCGCCUCCAACACCGCCGCCGCCGAGCGGCCAGCUGGUUACAACCACCGCGACGAAGAGGAGGACGACGAGGCCGAGGCCUCACAAGAAGAAAUGGAGAUGGACGACGACUACGACGACGACUCCCUGCCCACGCAGGUGCCUCUGCGCAACGAGUCCCCUCUGUCCGCCAAGGACGCCCUGAGAUCCAAGGGUCCCCAGAGCCUCCGCGCGGGGCCCUCUCCCCCACAGCCCCCAGCCCUGGAGAAGCAGUGGCAUCAUCAGCAGCAGCAGCAGGCGGGCCUGGGUCUCCUUUCAUCUCACGGAGGUCCCCCAGGGCUGCUGAAGCCGGAGCAGGCCCAUCUCGAGCAGCAGAUGAACAUGCUGUCCGUCCUGAGGGCCUUCAGCUCGGAGAACCUCGGCGCCUUCAACGGAGGGCUGGCCAGCAGCACCAGUGGGCCGAGCGGCGGCACCAAGAGAGCGGAUGCACCCGUUCAUCUGUGGGCCACAGAGGAGGAAGGUCCCGGCAGCUUCGGCCCAACUCUGUCCCCCGAGCUUAACCUAGCCGACUCUGAGAUGCACGACGCCUCUCUAAACAGAGACUAACACCAUCUGGAAGCACGCGCUGGGGGCCAUGACGAUGAUGAUGAUGAUGAUGAUGGUGGAGGUGGCGAAGAAGACAAACUCUUGAUUAAAAACAGACUAUUUAAGAACAAACAAACUAACAGACAAAACAAUGGAUGGAUUACGCUGAAGCAGGAGCAAUCGGCGCUUCUCUGCAGGCAUGGCAGAGAGGAUGAGACCUGCUGACUUUUAGUGGACUGGACACUUUAAAAAAAACUGUGGGGAAAAAAAAGAAAAAAAAAGACUGGCUUCACAGCGCAUUUGUUCAACGUCUCUUGAAUCUUUCUUGUAGCCAUAUGUUCUGUGCAGUCCCUGUUUUUGGCUUUGACAUUGUGAAAAAAAAAAAGAGAAAAAAAAAACAAAAGCUUAAAAAGGCUAAAAAAUACUACCUGCGUGUCCAAUGUCUAUGAGUGCAACACAUUCCUUUAUCCAAGAUGGAAGUAGAAGCAAUGCAGUGCUCAGUCAGCUGAUGUGGAACAGACAGGAGGAGAGCGGAGAGCUCGGCCCACAUGCUCAGCCUCUCCACAACCACACAACCUUCACAUUCUGCCGCUUCCUCUGGAAACCAGAGACAUGACAAUAUCCACACUGCCCUUUGACACACCUCUGUUAUGCUACAAUGGUUUUGACUGGACAUGACUGUUUCCCGAAACCCCCGGUCCGGCCAACCCAGAGCACAGUCUCCUUCAGUGACCAAGCCCCGCUAACCUGGGAGACCAAGCACAGUCCGAGGCCGUCAAGGCCUACCCAUCUCUCCUACCCCACACACUCCCAAGGGCACCAACAACCAGGACUGAAGUAGAACCGCUCACUCCGACAAUCUGGUGCUUUAUAAGAGGAGGGGGCAACAAUGCGAUGACACAUAGGUGGAGUUGUUGGGUGAAUGCAGGGUGGGGUAGCCAUGGUGAUCUAUGGUCCAUGGCAACUAAAAGGAAAGGAGAGGCCUGUGUGUUGGAAGAAAAGAUUGUUAAAGUGGUCUCUCCUCACCUUUCUUAAUUAGAGAGUGAUAUAUGUGCUCAUACACAAAUAUGAAAUGUGUGGAGUUAGGUGUAAAAUAAAAGUGAGUUAAAACAGAAGUAUAACAGUCAGAUUGUAUUCCUCUAAGAGAAAGUACCAACGUGACAAGAAUAUCUAGUUUACACCAGACUCAUGUUAUGAAUCAACACCAACUGACAUAUUUGAAAACUAAAGAUGAUAAAGAAUGCUAGAUGAAAAAUGAAAACCACCAUCUUGUUUUAUCUCUCCUGUAUAUGUCAAGGACAAUAGUGUUGACAAAAAAUAGUGUUGAAGAAACAUUUGUAAUAUACUGCCACAGAUCAAUGUUGCAAAGUGUUACUGACUACUGAAAUGGUUUGAUGUAUUUACUUAUUAAAAAGAAGAAAAAAAGCAGGAAACAAAUAUUGUCUAGCCUUAGAUACAGUCAUCUGUUGUUGCAUCUACACAGCUAGCUGUUUUAGAUGGUAGCUAUUAGAAUGGAUUUUUUUUUUCAAGUACUGUACUUUUUGCCUUCUACAAUGUAAAGAAAAGAAGAAAAAAAGAAAAGAUUGACAAUCUUCUCAUAUUGCUGCAAGCAUAUGCCCAUACAGUAUAUACAUAACUCAUACAAACAUACAUAGAGGGGUUUCUCUUGUUUUCUCCAAAAGUAUUUUGCACUGUGAUAGUAAUUCUAAACCCAGUCUAUACAGUACAAAGUUAAAAACUAACUAAAAAUGACAAGUGUGUAUGUGUGUGUGUUUGUGUGUCCCUUGACAUUGUGAAAUGUUACUUUCCCCCCUCCCACCUCUGUUCUCUUGUGAACGCUGACAAAUUCUCUGUGAUCAGUCCAUCUCUGAUCACCAUUCUUUUGGUCUCUGAAAUAUCCCUUUCAAGAAGAGUUUUCUUCACCUUUAAAAGCUCAUGCCACCAUGUACAGCCUCAGCCAUCUGAUAAGAGCAUAGGCCAUGAGUCAUGACCUGUGCAAAGCUUAGUGUUGGGUCCCCAUUCCUUCCUUUGCAAAUAAACCCUUCUUUUUUCUGGCAUAAUGCAUUCUUUUAGCAUAAGACCUACAGCCCUUCCAUAUCCGCCUGGUAAUGAGAAAAGCCAAACAUAAAAAAGAAAAAGUAGCGUGUUAUUGUAUACUUGGGCACCGAGUGUAGCAGCACGCACUGGGACCUGCUAGUGAUUGGCCAAAACUGACCGAUAAGAUGCAUCUAUUUCCCUGGUCAUAUGGCUCAAGCUGGCUGUGUUCCUGUAGACGUUCUCUCUCUCUCUUCUCUCUCUCUCUCUCUCUCUCUCUGUAGUGCAGUACCUGGGAAAAUGAGCUGAAGGUGUCUGCCUGGGUUUUACUAAUCCAGCGUAUGAGCAUUCCAGUCCCCUCCCACCCCAACCCUAUGCCCCUCACCCAGAGCUGUCUUGUGAGCUGUAAACUUUUCCGUUUGCUGUACCCUCAUGGCAGAUGCUUUGUUUUGUAACUACUGAACUGUACUUAUAAUAAAAUAAUAUGUAUUCAAACUAUGAA